AUGGUCAACGUGUUAAAAAAAGUAUGGGAAACCGUUUCCGUCUGGUCUUCCCCGGCUACUCCCAGAGAUGGUUCUGUUUCGAACCAGCUUCCCGAUCGUGUGCAGCAGCAAAUCAGUUACUACUUGCAGAAUUCCUCGACCGGGGAGUUUGAUCGGAUUCCGCUGGAUAUUUUCUUCCAGAUACUCAAAUUACUGGGACCAAAUGAAGCUGCCAAGCUCAGCACCGUCUGUAAAGCGUGGAAAUUCGUCGUGGCGGAUAAUCGGCUAUGGAUUUAUUUCCUUCAGAAUCACCAGAAGGAGCCGUGGGAUUCUAUUUUCUUUGCAGAAACUUGCCUCCGAUCAGGAUACCCUCUUCGAACAUUCCCUGCACAAAUGCCUGAUCUGUCAUUCAUGCAAAUUUAUGCUCAACGCGCCCAAGUGCCCGGUGCUAUUAUCGUUGAUGGUGGCUCGGGCUAUUGCAAGUUUGGAUAUAGCAAGUAUAGUGCGCCUUCUGGGAAGUCUGCUACUUUCCUGGAAUUUGGUAAUAUUGAGUCCCCAAUGUAUUCUAGACUGAGACAUUUCUUUUCUACUAUUUUUAGUAGGAUGCAGGUGAAAGCAUAUACCCAGCCUAUUGUUGUGUCUGUUCCAAUCUGCCAUAAUGAUGAUACUGAAUCGGAUAGAGCAGCUAGAACACAGCUAGUAGAAUCUAUCUACUCUGCGCUGUUUGACAUGCAAGUUCCUGCUGUUUGUGCGAUUAAUCAGGCGGUUUUAGCAUUAUUUGCUGCUAGGCGAACAUCUGGAAUCGUUGUCAACAUCGGUUUCAACCAAACAUCUGUUGUUCCGAUUUUACAUGGAAAAGUAAUGCACAAAGUGGGUGUCGAGGUUAUUGGACUUGGAGCUUUAAAACUUACGGGAUUCCUUCGUGAAAAGAUGCAGCAGAGGAAUUUAAACUUUGAUUCCCUCUAUACUGUGCGUUCUUUGAAAGAGAACCUCUGUUAUGUCGCCCUUGAUUAUGAUGCCGAGCUUCUUAAAGACACUGAAGCAUCUUAUCAAGUUGCAGCUGAAGGAUGGUUUACUCUUUCAAAAGAGCGGUUUCAAACAGGAGAAGUUUUGUUCCAGCCUCGUCUGGCAGGAGUGAGGACGAUGAGUUUGCAGGGGGCCGUGGCGCUUUGCAUGGAACACUGCCACGAUGCAGAGUUAACUGGGGAUGACAGUUGGUUCAAAACUGUUGUUCUGGCGGGGGGUUCUGCUUGCUUGCCAGGAUUAGCAGAGAGAUUAGACAAGGAAAUUUGCAAAUUGCUUCCUCAAUUCAUGUCAAGUGGAAUCAAAGUUAUCCCUCCUCCUUAUGGUGCUGAUACUGCAUGGUAUGGGGCAAAGCUCAUCAGCAAUAUGAGCACUUUUCCGGGUUCGUGGUGUGUGACUAAGAAGCAGUUCCGCCAGAAGUCGAAGCGCCGAUGGUGA